AUGAAUGCCCAAAUCUCCAAGAGGAUAAUACCUUGGCAGCCACUAAUGCCUACUACAACCGUCCAAACCAAGGGUAUCACCAACAAGGAGGCAACUAUAAUCAAGGGGGGUGGCAUCAAUGCCAUCACAUUGAGGUCCAGCACCAAAUUGCAAGAGAGGAGUCCCAAUGAGCCAAGUCCAAUAGAGGGCACUCAAGAUGAGGAUGUAGUUGAGAUAGAAGAAGUCGAAGAGGAGAAUGAGGUACUAGAGGAAGUUGAAAAAGUGAUUGCUCAACCAAGGGGCAGAAUUCCUAAGGAUGGGGAUGUCUUGCAAGAAGCUACUCCAAUUCCAUUUCCCACAUUGGCAAGGAAGACCAAGAAGCAAGUUGAGUUGGAUCCUAAAAUGGUGGAGAUAUUCAAGAAAGUUGAGGUAACCAUUCCUCUCUUUGAUGAUAUCCACCAAGUCCCCAAAUAUGCCAAGUUUCUAAAGGACUUAUGCAUGAACAUAGAGAAAAUUCAUGAUUUAGAAACUAUUCCAUUGGGAAGCUCAAGUUUCGCUUUAAUGGGUGAUAUACCAGAGAAGUGUAGUGACCCCGGUCCUUGCCUAGUCACUUGCACCAUAGAUGGGAUACAAUUUGUUGACUGCAUGUGUGAUCUAGGUGCUUGUGUGAGCAUCAUGCCUUUGUCUGUCUAUGAGGUCUUAAAGCUUCCACCGUUGAAAUGGUCGGCCGCCCAGUUUAUGUUGGCGGAUAAAAGCAUAAUUUCUGUGGUUAGUAUCGCGGAGGAUGUUCUAGUGAGUAUAAAGGGGUUGGUCUUCCCAAUUGAUUUUUAUAUUCUUAAGAUGCCCCCUAGUGACUCCGGAAGGACAUCGUCUAUCUUGCUUGGAAGACCGUUCUUAAAGACCUCCGGGUUCAAAUUGGAUGCAUUUUCGGAUACUUACUCGUUUGAGAUCGAUGGAAGAGAAGUGAGCUUUAAUCUUGAUGAAGCCAUGAGACACCCACCGGAGGAUCAUUCUAUCUUCUGGUGUGAUUUGAUUGAUAAUGUUGUGGCCGAAGUUCACCAAAAUGAUUUUGAUGUAAAGAGUAUGAUUCAAGACUCAAGUGUGGGGAGUUCCCAUGGAAACAAGACAGAAUUUAAUGCAGAUGAAGAUGAUAAACAAGCAUAA